GCUUUAGUUGUUGACAUUUUGUAAAGGUUUUUAUGUCAAGUUGACAAUUGUGAAGUCAAUGCCUCGGCUAGGUACCUAUUUGUAUAUGCAAUAUAAAUCUGGAUUAUUUUUAUAAUUCUAGUUAUUGAUUGAUUCGGUAUAAGGCAUUGUAGGUACUAAAAUAUAACAUUCGUUCUACGAAUGGAUAUCAACAAUCCCCAUAAUCAAAGUUAUUGGUUUGUGCUCAGGGAAGAUCAGAGCAAUGUCAUAUUCAGUAGCAAUAACUUCGCCAUACAGAAUCCACAAAUUACAGGACAGGACGCGAGAUAUAUAGUUGACACUGGUGACAACAGACAAUAUAUACAAGUUAAUGAAGCCCCUAUAGUUGUACAAGAGAGUAUCUCAGAAAGUGCUGAAAAGGAAAUUAAACCAAAGGAUGAUGACAAUUUCUGGGACAGGAACAAAAUAAAAUUACUACUAACAUUGUGCUUAGAGAAUAGAUACAGAAAUGUAACAAAAGACAAAACAUUUUGGGAUGAAAUAGCAAUCCACUUGGGCUCAAGUUCUGAUGAAUGUGUAAAAAAAUAUAGAAAUUUAAGGAGAACUUACAUUAGACUCUUGAAAAAGAAAAGAUUAGGCAAAGAUAUCAAAUGGGUCCACUAUGAUACUUGUGAAGAAGUAUUCAAAGAAUGUAAAUCACUUCCACCUUCUGUGUUGGAGCCAUGGGAAGAGCACAAGGUGCGACGAUUGUUGAGCCUCUACAUAGAGAACCUGAACAAAUUCAGAAAUCCUGAUUGUCUUCAGAAGGAUGUAUGGAGAGAGAUAGCAUCUCAGUUAGGCACAACAGAGUACAACUGCUAUCAUAAGUUUAAGAACCUGAAGAGGGCAUACUUCAAUUGGAAAGAGAGAAGUAGAGAAUCUGGAAAACCAAUUAAAUGGCAAUACCAUAACUACUUUGAGAGAAUAUUUUACAAUUAUAAUCCAAAUAUUGGCCCAUGGGACAAAAAUAAAACACGCUUGUUAAUAGAAGAAUACAAGCAAAUAGCUGAUAAGUUCAAGAAUCCCAAAUAUCAGAAAAAAGAGCUAUGGAAAGAGAUAGCGGCGUCAGUAGGGGAACGUCCUAUGGACUGCGACAAAAAAUUUCGUAACUUAAAGCAAACCUAUAUUAGGUUAAAGAUGAGAGCUGACACAGGGAGAUGUAUAACCAAGUGGCGUUAUUAUAAAGAUUUCGAAACUAUUUACAGUGGGCCGACUUGCUUCAUGAGCAGUCAAGGUCCCAUCAAGGCCAACAAGGCACCAGAGGAUGAUUAUGUCAAGCAGCUGUUAACAUUCUAUGUCGACAAUAAGGACAGAUUUAGAGACCCUCUCGUCAAAAAGAAAAGUGUGUGGCGAAUGUUGGCUCCAAGAAUAGGCAUGACUUCAGAAGAGUGCGAUCGUAAAUUCCGUAACUUGAAACAAACUUAUAUCAGGUUAGCUGAAAGAAAGAAAGAGACUGGAAAGAUUAAUAGCUGGCCAUAUUAUUCUUAUUUUGAGAGAAUUUUUGAUGAUAACACGGGAGGAAAUAAUUUAUGCAACCAUGGAUUUAACAUAGAUAACAUGACUAUAACUGAAAUAAAGAGAAUAAUGCAAGAAGUUCAGGACAGAAAAGAUAAUGAUAGGUUUGAAAGUUUGGUGCAAGCUGUGGAAGAGUCAAACAACAUACAAAGAGAACGAAAUCGAAUAUUACAGGCUUUGCUUGAUAAAAAGUGACAAUACAUAAUGGGACAAAAUUAAAACUCUUGAAAAUGUUUA